AUGCCAAAAAAGAAAGUAGUUGCAAAAACAACAAAAAGUGAGGAAAAACAACUGAUUAAGAAGAAUUGGUAUUACUUAUUUGGGACCGCUGGUUGUUGGUUCUUCGUUGAUAUUGCGUUCUAUGGCAACUCGAUGUUUAAUUCCACGGUACUACAAUUCAUUGGAUUUGGACCGAAAGACACGGACAGUGAUCACCGGCAAGGCCUGAUUUCCACUGCAAUUAAAAAUUUGAUAUUAGUCUCAAUAGCAUUCCCUGGCUUCAUAGUCAGUUUCUUAUUAGUCGAUCGGAUUGGAAGAAAGCCAUUACGGUUGUUUGGAUUUGCUGGGACAGCAGUUUGGACGUUCUGUUCAUGUGGUGGAUUGAUGAUGAUGGGUUUUCUUUGUCGUUCAUUGCCCCAGAAGGAGAGGGCGUAG